UUUACUGUUUCGGUCGAAGUAUAAGCCCCUAAACAAGUCACUUCAAAACAGUUAGUUUAACAGGCGGAUUUUCGUAUUGCAAAUUACUGUAUUAUUCCAAUUAUUUAACAAAUAAUAUCAAGCUUAAAUAUUGUAAGUGCGCUUUUGAUCAGAUACGUGCAAAUUAAGUUAAAAUCAAAAAGUCUUGUACAGUAUACAUAGGCGUUAACUGAUUUUUUCGAUAUCGGUUAUUUUAUUAUGAAAUAUGAGUAGAUAAAUGAAAUGUGAUUGCUACUAUCAAAAUUGACUUUGUUGAAGAAAAAUAGAUAAAAUGAAAAUAAUUUGCGUUUUGAUAUCAUUUGUCUUUGUAAAUGUUUCGGCUGAUAUAACGCCUUAUUUGCAGUUAAUUGCAGUUACAAACAAACAUAUCCAGAUAGCUUAUCAACGUAAUUAUGAUAUAGUUGGAAAUGGAUUGGAAUAUGUAAUUAAAGCAAUUGUCUGUGAAAAUGUAUUUACGAUAGAAAAAAUGAAUUUUAUGAUCGCUGUACCGGAGUAUGCAAGCAUUGCUGUCAAUCAGAGAUUGGCAUCUAUAGAUCACCAGUUUAGUAUGCAAGGACAAAUAUUGAUGAAAUUGGGCAUUCCUGUACCUAACCCUGCAAACUUACGUAAUUAUUUCGGUAACCUAAAUUUAACCAAUCUUGGAGUAUUGAGAAGACGUUUUACUAAAAAAGCUUUAACAAAUAUAAUCCGCCGUGAAUUAAUUGGAAAUGAAACGGAUGGAGAACCAGAACGAGUGACUUUUAGUGAGAAGUGUCUUUUUUUAGGAUUGUGGAUGAGCACAAAUAUUCCAACAUUUUAUACAAAAUCUGCUGUGACUGGCACUAAUAGUGAUUGUGUCAUAACGGAUAUAGCCAAUCAUGUUAUGGUGUACAGAUCCAUUGAGGGCAAAUAUUGGCAAGUAGACGCCAAUGACAUCAAUCAUCGAAUAAUACUACUUGAUGAACAGUUAUAUUAAUUUAGACCUGUUAUCAUAAGUCAAACUCUUCUAAAAUUAGGUUUCCUCACGAUUAUAUACACAUUUGUUGUCGUAUGCCUUUAUUUUGACCUGAAGUAGGUUUUAAGGCCUACGAAGAGUAUGGUUGGUGGAAGUGUACUGACGACAAGUUAGUUAUUUAUUAUAGUCAAGUAUAAUUGUAUUUCAAUACCAACCAAAUUUAAUUUGUCCUUUUUUUAUGUACAAUUUACUUUUAUUAUCCAUGAUUACAUCGUUUUGAAUAAAUUCAGUUUUCAACUUACUUAAAAAUUUGUAAUCCAUAAUUUUACAUUCAUUCAAACGUAUAUGUUAUUUUUUUUU